AUUCAUACAUGUCUUGACUUGAAAUUAAUACGCGGAUGGAUUCAGUAUGAUUUCGCUACCGCGAGUGAUAAGGCGUGUUUCGUGUGAGCAGUGAUACAGUGACGGAUACGUACUUGCACUAUUAUUAUUUAUUUUACAAUUACCAUCAAAAUGAGUGAGAGCGAUAUCAACGAUGACGAAAUAAAUAUACCGGCAAGUAAAAGAAGGAUACGUAUAAUGAGUUCCUCAUCGGAAUCCUCUUAUAGUGGUCAUGACUAUGACACAGAUUUGAGUGACACUGAGAGUGAAGAUGAUGAAGAAGUUAGUGUUAGACACAUUAGUGAAUAAUGGGUGCCUUAAAAUGCCGAGAGACCAUCAUUUCCCUUCACUGCACAGCCGGGAAAAACGUUCAAUACUCCUCCAAAAAAAGUUCCUGUAUUUUAUUUAGAGAAGUUUUUAGAUGACGACCUAAUAAAAACAAUUACGGAACAAACAAAUUUGUAUGCCGCCCAAUUUUUUGCCAAUAAUCCGGAUUUAAAACCACGUUCGAGACUUCGAAAAUGGAAGGAUACGAAUGAAUCUGAGAUAAAGAUAUUUUUGGGACUCCUCAUCUUACAAGGGAUACUUGGAAAACCAUCUUUAGAGUUAUAUUUUUCUAGAAGAAGAAUUAUUGAAACACCGUUUUUUUACGAAACUAUCAGCGAAAACAGAUUUGGAUUAUUGUGUAAGUUUUUACAUUUUGCAGAUAAUCUAAGUUUUGAUCCUAACGUAUCUCAUAGAAAAACAUACAAAAUAGAUCCAAUCAUCAAUAAUUUGUCACAAAAGUUUAAAACAUUUUAUGUUUGUGAACGAGUCUCUUUUAUUGUGGAAAGGGAAUUUGUCCUGGAAACAAUAUAUAGCAACGAAACGAGCUAGAUUUGGCAUAAAGUUAUUCAUUUUGAGUGAAAGUCAAUUUGGAUACGUCCAAAACAUUAUUUUAUACACAGGAAAGGACACAAACGAUGGUUCGAACUACCCACAAGAAAAACAAUCACCAAGAAUUGUUUUAGAGUUAACACAUGAUUUACUGAAUAAAGGAUAUAAGAUUUACUUGGAUAAUUUCUACACUUCAAUUCCUUUGGCUGAAGUCUUGUGUCAAAACAAUACAGACAUUGUUGGAAAAAUGAGAAUAAACAGAGUCGGAAUCCCCAGUGAAAUAAAAACAAAAAAAUUGGAAAAAAAUGAACAUAUCGUAAGAUUUAAAGGCAAACUAAUGGUUUUAAAGUGGAAGGAUAAGAAAGACGUAUUGAUGCUCAGUUCUAUUCAUAAUGACGAAAGGACAAUGAUAGAAAAGAGAGGAAGAAGACAAGAAAAACCGAACGUUAUCCUGGAUUACAACAAGAAUAUGGGUGGUGUAGAUUUGGGAGAUGGAAUUAUGGUGGCCUACACGGCUGCUCGCAAUAGGAUAAAAAAAUUUUACAAAAAAAUUUUUCUACGAUUACUUGAUAUGUGCGGCCUAACCGCAUACAUUUUGUACAAAAAGGAUAGAGGUCAAUUAGAUCAAUUACACUUUUUGAUAGAAUGUGUAGAAAAAAUAGUUGAAAAUAAUAUUGUUAGCACCCACCCAAAACCAUCAACCAGCAACUCCACACCAAAACCAGCACGCUUAGUGGAAAGAUAUUUCCCUGAGCAAACAAAAAGCGAUACCGGAAAAACUAAAUCCAGGAAAUGUCGGGUUUGUUACAAAAAAGGAGCUAGAAAAGAAUCAACAUACUGGUGUCCUGAUUGUGCUGUAGCAUUAUGUAUCAAUAACUGUUUUAAAAUAUAUCACACAGAAAUUGCGUUUUGAAUUUUAUAUAAUUGUACCUACCUAUAUUUUUGAUCUCUUUUUUAUUCAGUAUGCCGGUAUUUCAUUCAUGUGCCGGUAUUUUUUUAUAAUUGUUUGAAACUUUGUUUUUUUUUCAUUG